AUGCAAUCCCCUCUUCGUUUACUCGCUCUUACUCCCUCUGUGACGAGUCUCGGAACAUGUGCCACUUCAUGUGCUUCCAUUAGCACAUUGAGUGAUGUGGUCGAAGAUGAAUGCGGUGGUGGUGAUGGUGGGCAAGUUGUUGUUGGAACUCGAUCUUCGCACACCAGUGGUGGUGGUGGUGGUGGUGGUGCUAGUGCUGGUGAAUUGGUCGCACAGACUCCUUCACAUAACAACAACUAUCCAUCGAUCCCAAAUGAAGCUGUUGUUGUUAUUGGUGGUGGCAGUGGCAGUGGCAGUGGAGAGGAAGAAGAUUCUCUUCACUCAUUGGCCACUCUUCCCUCCUCCUCCUCCUCCUCGUGUCCACCUUUGAAACCCACAAGGAUCACCAGCACUACUACGAGCAUAUCCAUGUCUCCCAAAAAGCAUGCUCUUCACGAGGAUCCUCGAACACUCGAACAACAACAACCACCUUCACCAUCAAUUCCUCCUCUUCUUCUUCUUCAGCAAAUACCUCAUCAGCAACAGCAAAUUCCUAUAAUUACUCAAGGUUUCAAACCAUUGUUGAAUGGACCCUCCCCUAAUCUCCCUUUUGCAAAUGCAAGCACUGGAAUGUGUGCCAGGAACCUUCCAGUUCUUCCUCAUCAACUUCCUCAUCUCACUCCUUCUUCUUUGGAAAACACAAUAAUUGAACAACAACAACCAUCACCUCAGCCACCACCAGAAAUGACUUCCCAACAAAAGAACAAGGAACUUCCAGUCAUGAACACCACCUCUCGAUCACAACCACCACUCCCUUCAACUGCAACAACAACAACAACGACGAUGAAGGGUAAUACUGCCAAGACAUUAAACAAAGCAGCCCUUAAUAUUCAAAUUCCACCUCCUCCUCCUCCAUCCUCUCAACAACAAGUUCGAGUGAUCCAUGGACCUCCAUCAUCUACUUUUGGUGGAACUUUAGUUGGUCCUUCUCAAGAUUUAGAAGUCUCUUCUGUCGACUCGAGUGUGAGUUCUCCUCCUUCCACCGUGUUGAGUGUCAUUUCAGGAGUUACAGGUGGACCAAGUAUUGAGAGUGGUCUCAUUGAGAAUAUUACUUCAAAAAAGAAGAGAGGAACCACUCGAGAGAAUAUCAUUCUAUUGGAUUCCAUCUUGAGAGAGAGGAGAGACAUUUUCUAUGCCAUGUUAAAUAAUGUUUCAAAAAUUAGAAUUUACAGAAAAAACAAAUCGAAAAAGAUGAAACAAAAGGGAGGAGUUUCAACACUGGAUACUUCAAAUUUGAUGACAACAACUACGACAACUACGACCAGUAUUCAUUCUCAAGCAAUAUCAUCCGGUGGUGUAUUGGAUCAUCCAAAAAAGAAAAUUUCUUCAUCCAAAAUUGACACUGGAAAUGAAUAUGUUGUGAAAUUAAACAAUGGACUCAAAUGUGAAGCCUAUGAAAAGAGUACUGCUGAAGAGAUGGAAUUGUAUGGACACAAACGACAAUUUAAAGUCUCCAUGUAUUACACACAAAAUGAAAUGGAUCGAGCAGAAUCAGAAAUGAUGGAUCCAAGUCCAUUGAUUCGUGAAGAUCGAUUUACAUUUUUGGAUCAACUUCGUGGAUUGAAACCGAGUAUUCAAACAUCGUAUCGAGUGAUUGAUCUCAUUCAUCCCUAUCAUUUAUUUACCACUGAAAUGGAAAUCAUUGAACCCAAGUCAGGUCGUUUAUUGGGACGAGUGUUAAAAAAGACAUUGUUAAAAACACACUACCUGAUUCAAACGGUAGAAGGCAAAACGGAGAAUGAAAAACCAAAGUAUUCCACCUUGUUUACCUUGUACAAGCAAAAGAAGAAACAACAUGUAAGAACAAAUGGAGUCAAACGGGUAUCCAUCAAAACACCUCCCUCUACAACGAGUGGUUUAUCCCAUCAUCAAGGUAGUACGAUCACUCCCUUGUCAACAACAACAUCCUCAACCAUCACUCCAUUGUCCUCUCAAACAAUAAGAAACAAUCAGAGCGCAUUUCCAACCACGACCACUGAACCACACAGACCUCAAACUGUGUUGGACUUUUUCGUUGUUUUUAACUUGAAUGAAGAGGUUGUGGCAACACUUACUCGAAAAUGCAAUCCAGACUAUGAGAAGAAGGGAUACUUUUCAGAUUAUCACAAGGUUCACUUUAUAUCUGAAACAACGCCAUAUGAAAGAACAUUGAUACUUGCAGCAGUGUUUUUACUGGAUAUUGAACAUUUUGGAAAUUAA